AACAUCCCACAUGGCCUGGCUGCAAACCACACUCGAUCACUCCAUCAACCACCCUCAAUUUUGCUUCUCUACUUGUAUAAAUACCAUGAGGCUUGAGAGAGGAGCUUCCAUACCAGCAAAGUGAGUAGCUUGGUGAUCAUCUAUGGAGAAAAGCAAGUCGUUCCCUCAAUACAGCUCAGCCUACUCCGGCGAGUUCGGGUUUGGGGAGCGGUCCAACUCGUACAACUUUAACGGGCCAUCUCAGAAGGGAAGUGGAUUCGCAACGGCCGGCGAUCCGGAGCUCCAGAGGAAGAAGAGAGUUGCAUCAUACAACGUGUUUACCAUGGAAGGUAAGCUCAAAACGAGUCUUAAAAACAGCUUCAAGUGGAUCAAGAACAGGUUCGCCGAUGUUCGUUACGAUGUAUGAAACAUAUGUAUCCUAAAUCAGAAGAUAUAAAUAUGUAGUUUUAGUUAAGACCUUAAUUAAGAGAGUUGUAUCCCAUGAUUUUGAUCUCGAAACCUUUGUUGUACUCACUUCUGGAUCCCUCUAGCUAUGGCCCUUGGCCUCUGGAUUGUAUACAGUUUGUGUAUCGUGGACCCUCCUGUUCAUGUACGUUUGGUAAUCGAAUCGAAAUUCAAGAAGAGAUGAUCAGGAUUCAGGACGUCAACAAUUCUGGAGUGUACUAAUUUUCUCUACACUUGGAUCAGUUGGAUGCAUGCAUAAACUUAAUUUUCUUCACCGUAUCUAACGUUAAAAGAUGUAAAAUUAAGACUCGUAUCUUAAAACUCAUGUUCAUCUUCU